AUGGGCAACUCCGUGUCUUUCCAAUCACCCCAGAACGAUAGCCGUUCCGAAAGCGAUAGCAACAACAGGCACGACGUGGGCAUACAAGCGGUAGACAGGCUGAUGGCAGCUCGAAACGAAACGGAGAUCGCUGUCACUCUCGACCGUACAUUCGAUGGGCAUGAACGACCGCUACGAGAGCAGCUAGAACAACAGAACGACAUGUUCCAGAACUUGCGUUUGAAGUACGAAAGAAUCAAAGAAGCAUACAAGAAGAUGCGCGAUGAGCGUAGUGAGCUUCGAGAGCAGAAAAAAAUCUCUGGAGAGCAGAUUGAAAAGCUUCAUCAGCAUCUACAAGCCCUCGAAAUGGAAAGCCACUACACCAGCACCCGAUACAACUAUCUCGUCGAGAAAGUUGUUUUCCCAUAUGCGGAGUGUCGAGAUCUUCAAUGGGACGAGCAGACCGCAGAGACAAUCGACAUCGUCGUGGACCCUCUAAUCGCAGAUGCUCUACAGGCUGACAGCCUGCGUGAACAAAAGGCUGCAUUGCAGAGAGAGCUGCUUGCCGGAGUCGAAAAGGGAGAAGCGAUGACUGACGAGCACUUCGCGCAAGAAUACCGCAACCUUGCCGGUCUUAUCAAAACGUUGAGCCGCAGCAUUCGUCUCGAACCCGACGUUAAUGUGAUCGAAACUCUGGAUUCUGGCGUCCUACUGAAAAACGUCGCAAGAGGGGAGCGGAUGAGUCGUGUCCAGAAGAAAUACAUGAUCGAAGCAUGGACUUGGUCCGUCUUGCUCAAUCUUGUCUUCCGAGACCCUUUCAUUAUGUUUGGGACCAAGAUUGAGCCAUUAAGGAGCCUGUGGCCAGUAUUGUUCGCUAGGCCCUCCGACCACGACUGGCCAACUCCGUCCGUAGUCUGCGAGACAUGGCGUUACACCACGAUGGAGAGGCUGGUGGGUGGUAUUGUCAAUCCGAAAAUCAUCACACAGCGAAUGACGAAGGAGAAGUACCAACCCUUGGAGCAGAGUCUGAUAAAUGCUCGAGACAAUGUCGUCGAAGUCAUGAACAUAGCCCUAGCAGCGGUUUCCUCCCAGAUUGACGUCUCUGAGCUCCAUCAGAUCGUCGACAAGGCCUUUGCGUUGACUAUGCACAUGUCGUUCCAGCGCGCCCGCUUUCAAGUUACCUACCCCAAAAAUGGAGACGACUUCAACCCACAGUCGAUGAAGUCCAUCCCGGGCUCCGAUGGAGAAGAAUUAAACGAAGGAAUUGUCGCUUUGGUCGUCAAUCCGGGUCUGACCAAAUGGGGCGAUGCGCACGGCAAGAACCUCGACCACCGUUACGACAUCGUCGCAUCUCUAGUCCAACUCGAAGCAGUCGAUGAGAAGCAUGUGGACACAGCAUACGACUACGCUAACUCUCUGCUCCGUGACUUCGGACUUGCUGUGCCUCGUCCGGAGGACAUGAAAGCUCGCAGGCCCCAUCACGAGAGCCAGUGUUGA